AACAUUCUAAAGAUGGCGCUCAUUUCAAUAUUUUUAUCCUAUCUUUGUCUUUCUCCAUCUUAUAUGUUCUUCUUGUCAUUUGCAAGAUUUAUACGCCCAACAAAUGAUUUCGAUAUUUGAUUUAUUUUAUUUUUUUCUUGCGUAUUGAUUAAAAAUCUUGAUAAAGCCUGUUUGACUCGAUUUUUAUAUUUUAAUAUUAAAUUUUUAAAUUUUAAUAUUUCUUAAAGAGAUGAUAUUAUAUUUCAAGUUAAAAAAAGAUAAUUUUAUUUCAUAUCAUACACAUAUUUUAUAUAUAUAUUUUUAAUUUUUAUAUAUAAAUUUUCUAUUUACUGAAAAUAUAAUUUUAAAUAAAAUAUGUAAUGUACAAAAAUAAGAAAAUUCUAUAUCUUAUCUGUGAUCAAAUUCUCUUUAAAACAAAGUUAGAUAUGGCGUACAAAUAAAUAUGCCGGAAACCUCGUACGGUUUCGUUUUAAGAUAAAAAUGAACAAAGUUUUAUUGAUGAUUCUUUAUAAAGAUAUUUUAAAAAGAACUUUUAAAUAAAAGUGGAUUGUUUAAUUCUUAUUUUAAAAAUUCAAUGUAUAAAAUUGAUUGUAAAAUAAAUAAUAUCUUAUCGAAUAUUAAUUUUUCUUUACUAUCUAUAUUUAUAUAGUUGAUUUUUAAGAAUUUAAUUUCAAUACAUAUAACAUGGCUGAUCCAACAAUACAAACAUUCUGUUGUCAUCAUUCCAACAGAACUGAUAUGGCAAUCGUAAUAAUGCAAGAAUUCAAUACAGAUGUGUAUAAUAUUGUAUGUAUGCUUUCUUCUUCUAUAGGUAUUUUAGGUGCAGUAUAUCAGAUAUUGCCAAGAGAAACAUCUAAUCUUCCUCAUAGAUGGCAAAACUUCUCUGCAUGUAGAGGAAGAGAAAUCAUCAUAUGGCUUGCAAUUGCAGAUCUCUUAGCAUCAUUAGGUGUAUUUAUUAGAUCAGCAUUAUGGGUGAAUUUUAAAUCCAUAAUGCCAAUGGAAGAUGAUACUUCAAGUGUUGUUUUUUGUGCACUUUCAUCGGCAUGGACACAGUAUUUUUACAUGGCAACAUGGAUUUGGACACUUUGCUAUGCCAUUGACAUGAAAUUAUUAUUAGGAGAUCGAUCUGGACAUCCUAUUUGUUACCAUAUCUUUGCUUGGAUAUGUCCAGCAAUUUUGACUACAUUUGGUUUAACAAUUUUAUAUGUACCAGAUGCUAAUUGUCAUAAUUUAACAUCAUUAUCCACUGCUAUUUUACGUAUUUUGCCAAAUUAUUGUGCUACUUAUGUGUUAUUAGCUGUGGUCAUGAUAGUUAAUCCUCUUUUAUAUUUUGGAUCAACCCGAGAUCUUCAAACUGCUGUUACAUGCAGUCUAGCACAAAUAACAGGAAGAGAAAGAAAAUUGGUACAAGCAAUAAAGCUUAAAUUUGCAUUGACUAAUUUUGUAUAUUAUGUAUGUUGGUUACCAAAUUUAAUUAAUGGGAUUUUAUUAUGGACUUUAUGGUUUCAAUUACCAAUCAAAGCUAUCAUUAUUCUUUGGUACAUAAUGGCUGUUACAAAUCCACUUCAAGCAUUUUUUAAUGCUCUUGUUUACAAGAGAUGGGGUAAAAGAGAAAAAUUUCGACUAGAAUGCUGUCAGAAAUUAGGGAAUUUUAAUUUAAAUCAGAUUUCAAAAGGAGAUACAAAUAUAUUGUCAGAAUCAUCGCCUUUAUUAGAUCCAAAAUUUGGAUGUCCCCCUCAUACAAGUAUUAAUGGAUCUUCGUCAUUCUAAGAACUGUGAUACAAAAAAUAUUAAUAAAAAUAAUCUACUGCCUUAUAUCAUUUUUAAAAAAAUUAUAUUUUUAAUAUCUAAUCAUUUUUUAAGCUUUAAAAAGAUGUGCUCAAUCGCUUAUUUAUAUUUAUAUUAAAAUCAUCUAACCGGGAAAACAUAAAAGAACUUAUUAUUUAUGUAGAAAAUUAUUGUGUAUAUAGAAAAUAAUUAUUUUCUUUUUUACAUACAUAAGCUUUUCUAGAGAUUAAUAUAGUAAUAAAAAGCUUUAUGAAAAAUUAAUUUGUUGAUUGUUAUAAAUGUUAAAAGAUUUAUAUUUUUAUUACAUAUAUAAGCAAAAUAUAUAUAAUGAUAAAGUAUUAUCAUUUUUUCAAUAUAAUUUCAGUUUUAUAUUUUAUUAUAUAUUAUUUUUAUAUAGUUUUUUGUAUUUAAUAUAAGUAAAUUAAAAAUUGUUAAACAUUCUUAAUUGUUAAACUAAAUCUUGUAUGAAUCUUUAUUAUAUAAUUCAAUCCAAUAAAUAAAAAACAUAAUAAUUUA